AUGGGAGCAGCGUCACCACUUGUGGCAACGCCGCUUGCUGGCAAGAACAAGAUUCCGGGCAAGCGAACGCCAACACCUUCCUCAAUUGACCGACUUCACAAACCAUUCAAAUGUCCUGGAGCUGCUGGAAGAAGCCCAGCUGUGGACCGACCAUCCCGCAAGCGGAGAAAGGUCGAUUAUGGCGGCGCCGAUGGUGAAGCAGAUAGUGACAAACCGUAUUCCAACGACGACAGACUUGCGCUCGUCACUCGAGACAUCAACCGAUUCCCUGUUUAUCAAGCAAAAGACAAAGGUUUUGUUUUUCGCAAGGCCUUCGCUGUUCCAUUAAAAAACAAGGACAACUCUGGAUACAAUCCUAAUCGUGCUCCUCCUACCCUCGGCCUUCGACAGGGCGCUGUCUUCGUCGCCAAGCCGCUUCACGAUCCCAGCGGCGAAUUUGCCAUUGUGCUUUACGAUCCUACAGUCGACGACAAGCCGAAAGACACGCCAAAGGCUAUUGAGCCCGCGAAAGCAGAGGCUUUGGAGGAGAAACUCGAUGCACCCCUUGUUCAUAAGAGUCUUGCCGAGAUUUUAGGAAUCAAGAAGAAAACGGACGACGAGCACCCUCGGGUUCCGGUUGUCAUUGAUCCCAGACUCGCCAAGAUUCUUCGCCCGCAUCAAGUCGAGGGUGUCAAGUUCAUGUACCGAUGUGUUACCGGCCUGAUCGACGAGAAAGCCAACGGUUGCAUCAUGGCUGACGAAAUGGGAUUGGGAAAGACUCUUCAGUGCAUCUCCCUCAUGUGGACGCUGCUCAAGCAGUCGCCUGAUGCUGGCAAGUCAACCAUCCAGAAGGCUAUCGUUGUUUGCCCUGCAAGUUUGGUCAAGAACUGGGCCAAUGAGUUGACCAAAUGGCUUGGUGCUAAUGCCAUCAAUCCAUUCGCCAUCGAUGGGAAAGCUUCUAAAGAAGAGUUGACACGUCAACUUCAACAGUGGGCAAAUGCGACCGGGCGAUCCGUAACCCGGCCCGUUAUCAUUGUCUCUUACGAAACUCUGCGAUUAAAUGUGGAACAGCUCAAGCAUACCAAGAUCGGGUUACUAUUCUGUGAUGAGGGUCACAGACUGAAGAAUAGUGACAGCAAUACUUUCAAUGCUCUCAACAGCCUCAACGUUACUCGUCGUGUCAUUCUUACUGGCACACCUAUUCAGAAUGAUCUGACGGAAUACUUCUCUCUCACAAGUUUUGCGAACCCAGAUCUGCUUGGGACACGCUUGGAGUUUCGAAAGCGAUAUGAAAUUCCGAUCUUGCGAGGUCGAGAUGCAGACGCUUCAGAAGCGGAUCGCAAGAAGGGUGACGAGUGCACUGCAGCUCUACUCAGCGUGGUCAACAAAUUCCUGAUCCGUCGCACAAACGACAUUCUUUCCAAGUAUUUGCCCGUCAAGUAUGAGCAUGUUGUGUUCUGCAAUCUCGCACCGUUUCAGUUUGAUCUCUACAACUACUUCAUCAAAAGUCCUGAGAUUCAGGCUCUUUUGCGAGGUAAGGGAAGCCAACCUCUAAAAGCCAUCAAUAUUCUCAAAAAGCUUUGCAAUCAUCCCGACCUGUUGAAUAUGUCGGAUGAUCUACCAGGCUCGGAGAAGUGCUAUCCCGAUGAUUACGUUCCUAAAGAAGCACGUGGUCGUGAUCGUGAGGUCAAGUCGUGGUACUCUGGUAAAAUGGCCGUGCUGGACCGCAUGCUGGCUCGCAUCCGCCAAGACACAAAUGACAAGAUUGUUCUAAUCAGUAACUACACUUCGACGCUGGACCUGUUCGAAAAGUUAUGCCGUUCCCGUCAAUACGGAAGUCUUCGUCUCGAUGGUACCAUGAAUGUCAACAAGCGCCAAAAGCUUGUCGAUCGGUUCAACGACCCAGAGGGUGAUGAGUUUGUCUUUCUACUCAGUAGCAAAGCCGGUGGAUGUGGUAUCAACCUCAUUGGUGCAAAUCGUCUCGUUCUUUUUGAUCCUGACUGGAACCCUGCGGCCGACCAACAGGCUCUGGCUCGAGUAUGGCGUGAUGGGCAGAAGAAGGACUGCUUUGUGUACCGCUUCAUCGCAACUGGUACUAUAGAAGAGAAAAUCUUCCAAAGACAAUCUCACAAGCAAAGCUUGUCUUCUUGUGUGGUGGACUCAGCGGAAGACGUGGAACGACAUUUCUCUCUCGACAGUCUACGCGAGCUGUUUCAGUACCGGUCAGACACCAAGAGCGAUACUCAUGAGACGUUCAAAUGCAAGCGAUGCAAGCCUGACGGCAAGCAGUAUAUCAAGGCACCAGCCAUGUUGUAUGGUGACACGAGUACGUGGAAUCAUUUUGUCAACGAGGGGCUGAAACCUAUUCAGGAUUUGCUGCUGAGACAAGAAUGCGGAGAAGCGGAGGUCUCUGCUGUGUUCCAGUAUAUUUCUCACUAA